AUGUCAGGUUCCAACAAAACUGAUUUCACCAACCCUUCUGUCUUCAUCUUGCUGGGAAUUCCUGGACUGGAGGCAGCCCAUGUCUGGAUUGCCAUUCCCUUCUGCGCCAUGUACGCCAUAGCCCUCUUGGGGAACUUCACCAUCCUGUUCAUUGUGAAGAAGGAGCCCAGUCUCCAUGAGCCCAUGUACUAUUUCCUCUGCAUGCUGGCUGUUACUGACCUGGUCCUGUCCACUUCCAUCCUGCCCAAAAUGCUGAGCAUCUUCUGGUUCAAUUCCAGCGAGAUCAAUUUCAAUGCCUGCCUCACCCAGCUCUAUGUCUUUCACAGCUUCUCAGUGAUGGAGUCUGGGAUCUUUGUGGCCAUGGCUGUAGAUCGCUACGUGGCCAUUUGUGAUCCCCUGCGACAUUCCACCAUCCUGACAAACCCCGUGGUGAGCAAGAUUGGCCUGGCUGUGGUGCUUCGGGGUGGUGUACUCAUCCUGCCCUAUCCCUUCCUGGUGAGGCAGUGGUCAUAUUGCAGAACUAACAGAAUCUCCCAGGCUUACUGCGCACACAUGGCCGUGGUGAAGCUGGCCUGUGGCGACACCAGUGUCAGUAGCUACUACGGUCUCUUCGUGCUUUUCUGUGUGAUGGGUCUGGAUGCGAUUUUUAUUGUUGUGUCCUACACCCAGAUCCUCAGGGCCAUCUUCAACCUCCCCACAAAGGACGCUCGGCUCAAGACUUUUGGGACCUGCAUCUCCCAUCUCUGUUCCAUUUUGGUAUUUUACAUCCCAGGUCUUUUCUUGUCCCUUGCAACUCGGUUUGACCAGACAGUCCCUCAGCAUUUCCAUGUUCUCUUUACCAAUGUGUACUACUUGAUGCCCCCCAUGCUCAACCCCAUCAUCUAUGGGGUGAGGACCAAACAGAUCUGGGGCAGGCUGCUGCAUCUUUUUAUUUGUAAAGGUGCCUGA